AUGUCUGCCAACAACGCCAACGUUUACCUCAAGAAAGCCCGCUACGGUAAGGACCUCGUCCGCCUUAUGAGAGUCUACAGGGAGGGUAGCGUUCAACACUGUACCGAACUCACUGUCAGACUUUUGUUGGAAGGUGAUAUCGAGACCUCUUACACCAAGGCCGAUAACUCUGUUGUUGUCACCACCGACACCUGCAAGAACACUGUCAACAUCGUGGCCAAGCGUAGCCAAAACGUCGAUAACAUUGAAGUCUUUGGUCAAGAAAUCACUGAACAUGUCUUGAAGCAAUAUCCCCACAUCUCUGGUGCUUUCGUUGACAUCAUCAAGCACAAGUGGACUCGUCUUAUUGUUGAUGGUAAGCCCCACAACCACUCUUUCGUCCGUGAUGGUGAGGAUAUCCAAACCACCAGUGUUCACCAUUAUCGUGCUGGUAACGAAGUCCGCAUUACCUCUGGUCUUGACAAGCUCCUCGUCCUCAAGACUACCGGCUCUGCUUUCCACGGUUUCUACACUGAUGAAUACACCACUUUGGUUCCUGUUUGGGAUCGUAUCUUCUCUACUGCUGUUGACUGUAAGUGGACUUUUGUCUCCAAGUCUCCUUCCACUCUCCGCAAUGUUGAUUUCAAGGCCAUCCAUGCUGGUGUCAAGCAAAUCACUUGUGAUACCUUUGCCAAGGAUGACUCUGCUUCCGUCCAAGCUACUCUCUACCUCAUGCAACAGCAAAUCUUGGCUAAGUUCCCCGCUGUUGCUGAAGUCUCUUAUGCUUUGCCCAACAAGCAUUACGUUGGUGUCGACAUGAGCAAGUUCAACAUUGACAAUGCCGGUAAGAACAUGGAAGUUUACCACCCUCAAGCUGAUCCUUCCGGCCUCAUUACUGCCACUGCUGCCCGCAAGGAAUCCAAGUUGUAA